ACUGCUUAGGGUUUUUGGGGCGGAGCGGGCUGCUUCGAUCUCUCCUUGGUUUCCAAGAUGUCGACGCCGGCCGCCGCUUCCGCUAUUCUCCUCUCGCCGGAGUCCCUCUCGGCUGCCGGUCGGACAGCGGACAAGCUGAGCCUCCCGGCGCUGCAGUCCAAGAUGAAGUGCGAUCCCGAUGGGUACGAGGCGGAGCUCCAACUCCUCUACCGCCACUUCGAGUCCUCCCUCCACCUCUUCCGCCACCAGUCCGCCCUCAGGCCCUCCUCCGACCUCUCCCUAGCCAAGGAUCUCGGGGACUUUGCCAUGUUUCUCGCCCAUGUCACCCCUUUCUACCCAGAGAAGCUUGCAAACUUCCCCCGACAGAUCGCCGACCUCCUUCGUGUCGACUCCCGGGGCCUUCCGUCGUCGUUGAGGUGCCAUCUUGCGCAAGCCCUGAUCCUCCUCGUCAAUAGAAAGAUCAUUGAUAUUGAAGAAACUCUCGAAUUGUUUAUGGACCUUCAGAUUCUUGGUGAUCGGACCUUAAGAAAACUGGCCUUUUCACAUGUAGUACAUAACAUUCGACGCAUGAACCAGAAACACAAGAACGAAGCCAAGAAUCGCAAACUGCAGAAUACUCUUUUUUUGAUGCUGCAGGGGGACGAGGAACAGAGGGCCAAAAGGUCUCUUGUUAUUCUUUGUGAUCUGCACAGACGGAGGGUGUGGUUUGAUGAUCGUACAGCUAAUGCCAUUUGCACUGCCUGUUUCCAUUCAUCUUCAAGGAUUAUGAUAUCUGCUCUCUCAUUUCUUCUUGGUUAUGAACAAAUUGAAGAGGAGGAUGACAGUGAAGCCUCAAGCAGUGAAGAUGAUACAACUAGUCAACAGCCUAUUACUCUUAGCCGAGAAGCUAUUUACAAGGCAAAUCAUAAAGGUACGGUUGCCAGCAAGAAAAAAAAGAAGGCAAAGUUGCAGCGUGUGAUACGCAACAUGAAAAGGCAGCAGCGAAUAACAUCACAAAGUAACAGCUCCAGUUACUAUUCACCUCUUACUCAUUUAAAAGAUGCACAGGGUUUCGCUGAGAAACUGUUCUCUCGCCUUCAAAGAUGCAAUGAACGCUUUGAGGAUAGGAUGAUGAUGUUGAAAGUAAUAGCCAGAACUGUUGGAUUGCACCGUCUGAUCUUGUUAAAUUUUUAUCCGUUAAUGAAUGAAGAUCUGCUUCAAGACUUGGUCUUGUACAAAAAAUCACAUGAGAAGGCAGUUUCUUCAGCAGCUCGCUCCUUGAUAACUUUAUUCAGAGAGAUAUGCCCUUCUUUAUUGGUCAAAAAGGACCGUGGCCGUCCGGUCAAUCCCAAAGCAAGGCCAAAAGCAUACGGAGAAGUUAGUAUAGCUACUGAUGUGCCUGACAUAGAGUUGCUGGAACACGUUGAUAACUCGAUGACUGACAGUUCUGAUGCUGAGGCUUCUGCAUCAGAUUUGGAUGAUGAGUAUGACAGUGAUGCUGAGACAGAGAAAGAGGAUGAUUCUUUGGAAGAUGAAGAAGAGGAUGAUGAGGUUUCAGAUGAAAAAAAUGAAGAAGAUUUAGGUAACAGUGAUAACAUUGAUGGGGAGGAAGAUGAUGGUGAUGAUCUUGAUGAUGAUAUUGAUGAGAAUGCUGCCUAUGAUGAAUAUGAUAGUGAUACUAAAGAAGAUGUGGAUCUUAGUGAUGAUAAUAUGGAUAUCUCCAGUGAGCUAGAUGCAUCAAGGAAAAAGUCAUCCAAUGAUAUCUGCAAUGAUGAUGACCUCAGUAAUCAUGAAUGCGCUAGUGAUGACAACGAUGAAAUAAAGGAAGAGGAGAAGGCCAAAUCAAAGAAGAGGAAGUUUGCGGAUUAUGUUGGACAACUGAAUACUUCAGAAUCAAGUCUUCGCACCCUUAAAAGACUAACAAUGGCCAAGAUGUCACAGAAAGCAUCAGAUGAAACAGAUGGAAUUCUUUCUAAUGAAGAUUUUCAACGUAUAAAAGAGUUGAAGGCAAAGAAAGAAGCAAAGCUGGUUAUGGCUCAGCAAGGUCUUUUGAGAAAGGGUAUAGACUCGAAAGUCUCAUCUUUCAAAAUUCCCUCUUCUGAGCAAUUAAGUAUAAAGCCAGUGGAUCCUGCUAUGCUAGAGGUCCACAUUAAAAGAAAGCUUAGCAAGGAGGAACGACUGGCCCUAGUAAGAGCUGGGAGGGAGGAUAGAGGAAAGUAUCAGGCCAGAACUGCUGUGAAACAAAAAAAGACGGGUGGUCUAAGCAAUCGCCAAAAGGAACAUAAAAAGAAGAUGCCUCUUUCUGCCAAAAGAGCAAAAGUAGCUCGCUCUAGGCAGGAGAAAAAACAGCGGCAAAGGCGGUCAGGCAAGCAGUUCCAGGGAAGGAAAGCAUGGAAGUGACAAAAUUUCAUAGCUUCCUAAAAUUUCGUGGCGUCGUAAAGUGACAAGAUUUCGUAAAAUUUUGACCCCAUGCAGUUUCUUCCAUCAGAAAAUUUCAUUUCAAAAGUUUUGAUUUCUGCUUAGAAUUUUGAUUUAUUUUCUUCUGUUGUGUAAAUCUUUAGCUGAUUUCAGAUGAGCUAUAUGUAAAUGAAAGCUGCCUUUUGUCUUAGUUGAAUGCUGUUGCAAGGAAAUGGAGCUACAGAUUUUAUUGAUU